AUGGGCAAGGUCAAGGAGGCAAAGGUCAGCAAGACCAAGGCGGAGAAGCCUUCGGCUGUCAAGGCUGCCGCUGUCACCAAGUCUACGUCGACCCCCAAGGCCAAGUCUAAGGCCACAGCUCAAGAGGUUGCCAAGAAGGCCACUUCCAAGAAGUCCAAGAAGCAGGAGUCCUCUUCUGAGUCCUCCAGCUCCGAAUCCGAGUCUGAGUCUGACGACUCUGCUUCCUCAUCUGACUCUGAGUCCUCCGAGUCUGAGGACGAGAAGCCCGCGCCCAAGGUCAACGGAAAAGUCAACGGCAAGGUGAACGGCAAAGCUAAGGCCGCGGAGUCCUCUGACGACUCCGACUCGUCGGAGGAUGACAGCGACGACAGUGAUGACAGCGAGAAGGAGACGCCUGCCAAGGCCAAGGUGAAGGCCACCGCCCCUGCUGCUAAGAAGGCUGCUGCUGCUGCUGCCGAGGAGUCGUCCGACUCCUCUGACUCCUCCGAUGAUGAGGAGGACAGCGACGAGAAGCCUACUGCUAAGAAGGCCGAUAGCUCUGAUGAGGAUGACAGCGAUUCCUCCGACUCUGAUGAUAGCGACAGCGACAAGAAGGCUGCGAAGCCUGCUGCCGCGAAGGCUGCCAAGAAGGCUGAGGAUUCCGACUCUGAAGACUCUGACGACUCCUCCGAUUCGGACGACUCCUCCGAUUCCGACAGCGAGUCAUCUGAUGAGACCGAGGCACCAUUCGCCGCCAAGAAGCGCAAGGCUGAGGAGGCUGCUGAGAGCUCAGCGAAGAAGACCAAGACCGAGGACGCCUCUGAGGAGAGCUCUACCCUCUUCGUUGGCAACCUUAGCUGGAAGGUCGACGACGACCUCCUCUACAAUGAGUUCCAGAAUUGCAAGGGUAUCACGAAUGCCCGCAUCAUCACCAACAGGGAGGAUGGCCGCCCCCGUGGCUUCGGCUACGUCGACUUCGACACUGCUGAGAACGCCAAGGCUGCUCUGGAAGAGAAGCACGGUGCCUACCUCGACGGCCGCGACAUGCGUCUUGACAUCUCCAGCGGAAAGCCCAAGAACGACCCUGCUGCCCGUGCCGGCGACCGCGCCAAGAAGUUCAACGACGAGAUGAGCCCUGAGAGUGACACUAUCUUCGUUGGUAACCUGUCCUUCAACGUCGACGAGGAGGCUGUCUCAGCUUUCUUCUCCGAGGUUGCUGAGAUCAAGAGCCUUCGCCUGCCCACCGAGCAGGAAACCGGACGGUUCAAGGGUUUCGGUUACGUCUCCUUCAACUCCGUUGAGGAUGCCAAGAAGGCUGUCGAAGAGCUCCAGGGUGCAGACCUCCAAGGCCGUGGAGUCCGCCUGGACUUUGCCAGCGGCCGACCAGACAACGGCGGUGGAGGCCGUGGUGGUGGCCGAGGUGGGUUCGGCGGCCGUGGAGGUGGCCGUGGAGGCCGCGGUGGCUUCGGAGACCGCGGUGGACGUGGCGGCUUCGGCGGACGUGGCGGUGGACGUGGUGGAUUCGGUGACCGCGGUGGACGUGGAGGCGGUCGUGGAGGCAGCACCGGCUUCCAGGGCAAGAAGAUCACGUUCUAG